AUGGAGUUCAGCACCUCAACGGCUGUGCCCAAGGCAGGAGCUACGGAGUUCCAGACAUUCUCAAUCCUGGCACGACUGCUACAGACUGCUGCAAUAGCUACCAUUUUUCUUUUAGUAUGUAUCUCGCUACCAAAGCUGAGGCAUCGAGCACAGCUUUCACGCCUGCCAACCCUCGGCGGGUGUAUAGGCGGAGAAAAGCAUCGUAAAGGGUACAUCGAGUCUGCGAGGCAACUCUAUUCAGAAGGUUACAGAAAGUUCAAAGAUAGUCUCUACUUGACCAUUGACUCUGAUGGGGAAAAGAGCAUAGUUGUACCCUUGUCAUUACUUCCAGAGUUGAGGAAACUUCCCGACGAUGUUCUUAGCGUCUCCAAGGCUAUCGAGAUCAAUAUGGAGGUCAAAUAUACCCAUCUGCAGGUUGAAGUCGACCUUGUACCGCACACUAUCAAGGCUCAUCUAACACCGGCGCUAUCUCGGUUGAAUCCAGUAAUAUGCGAAGAAGUUAACGCAGCAGUGCGAGAAUACCUACCAACUUGCAACGAUUGGACCGAAGUAAACAUCAACAGUAAACUUGUCGAUAUCGUGGCCAAGGUGUCAGGGUUCAUCUUUGUCGGCCCAGAACUCUCUUCAGAUCCAGAAUAUCUUGACUGUUGCAGUAACUACACCGUCCGUCUUGUUGACGCAGUAAACGCAAUCAAGACAAUUCGUCCAUGGCUACGUCCGUUUCUCGUUCCUUGUCUUCCAGAGAUUGCAAAGCUUCGUGAGAUGGAGACGCGCGCAGCGAAGCACUUAGAGCCUAUUGUCCGCGAAAGACUAGCUGCUGAAAAAAAUGAUCCCAACUGGCAGAAGCCAGACGACAUGCUGCAGUGGCUGCUCAAUCAAAGUGUUGGUAAAGGUACAUUCACAGCUGAAAAGCUGGCAAAAAUGCAGCUCACCUUGAUCUUCGCAGCAAUUCACACUACGACCAUGACAGCUACCUCUGUCCUGUACACGCUGGCUGCCAUGCCAGAAUACACCCAGCCACUUCGCGAAGAGAUACGCGACGCCAUGCACGAAAACGACGGUGUCAUCAACUCUAGGGCUCUGCAGUCGAUGAUCAAACUUGACAGCUACAUGAAGGAAGUCACCCGGUUGCAUACCCCCUUCACCACCUCCUUCACCCGCCGAGCCCUCAAAGGCAUCCACCUCUCCAAUGGUCAAUAUAUCCCCGCCGGCGUGCUCGUCGAAGUUCCGUCGGCUGCUGUCUACACAGAUAGCGCCUACUUUCCCGGCGCCGCAGACUUUGAUGGCUUCCGCCAUUCCAAAUUGCGACAAGGUGGCUCGGCAAGCGACCACGCACGCAACCAGUUUGUAACAACGAAUGAGGCCAAUACGUUCUUUGGCUAUGGGCGCCAUGCGUGUCCUGGCAGGUUCUUUGCAGCGAACGAGAUCAAGAUGAUUUUAGCAAGGCUAGUGCUAGACUAUGAUAUUAGGAUGCCAGAGGAGAAGCGUGAAAGGUACAAUUCGAUUGAGAUUGGGAAGUCAGUAUUCCCAGACCCGGCAAAGGUGUUAAUGUUUAAGCGAAUUCAGGCGUGA